AUGCGGUCGAUUCCAAAGAAUCACAAACGGCCGGGGCAGAAUGGCAGCACGAAGAUGCUAGGGUGCUCAAAUUCAAAUAUUUUGCCACUUGAGACUUCGGUCAACGAGACUGGGAGUGUGAGAAAGGCGUCUCAAGAACUGGGGCAUAACUUGGAAAGUUGGAAGGUCAAGAAGUUUAGUUUAACAAUAGCCCCAACGCCACAGAGGGAAGAGGGCAAGGGGAACAUCGGCGCUACCCUCAAGCCGAGUUUGACACGUCCAAUCGUCGAAGGUGAGGACCGAGUGAAAAUUUCAUUUGGCCAGAUUGUGCGGAAGCAUCGUUGUCUGCCACUGGUUCGUCCACCCCCAAAGGUUGAGGCUGAGAUCUGGGGAAUAAGGAAAAGGGACAGAAUAUUUAAUACACGUGGACCAACAACCUGCAAGCAAGCUUCCAAGGUUCGAAUACAAGCCUCGAUAUUCCCACCACCCAUUGCUUCGAGCACCGUUCGAUCGUCGUCGCUCGGAGCGGGGAGCCUGAGUAUAACUUCUGGGGGAUAA